UCCUUGCCCUUUGCAGAGUCCAUGCUGUGAUUCUCAAUGGAGAGUGAAAGCACAGAUUCAUGAUGAAAACCAGCCCCCGUCGGCCACUGAUUCUCAAAAGACGGAGGCUGCCUCUUCCUGUUCAAAAUGCCCUGGGUGAGACAUCAGAGGAGGAACCUAAAAGACCCCCUGCCCAACAGGAGCCUAGUCAAGCACAGGCCUCCAAGGAGGUGGCAGAGACCAGCUCUUGCAAGUUUCCAACUGGGAUCAAGAUUAUCAACCACCCCACCAUGCCCAGCACACAGGUGGUGGUCAUUCCCAACAAUGCCGACAUCCAGAGCAUUAUCACAGCAUUGACUGCCAAAGGAAAAGAGAGUGGCAGCAGCGGACCCAACAAAUUCAUCCUCAUCAGCUGUGGAGGACCCCCAGCUCAUCCUCCUGCCCUCCAGCCUCAAGUUCAAAGCAGCGAUGAUUCCAAAAGGACAGAAGUGAUCACCGAGACGUUGGGCCUUAAGCCUGCAGCUAGGGAUGUGAAUGUUUCUAAGUCACCUGGAGCCCCUCCAAGGCAGAGACGGGAGAACUGUGCUGGGGCUGAGGCAGUGGGCUGCAGUCUGGACAACAGCCUAACCAAUAUCCAGUGGCUUGGGAAGAUGAGUUCUGACGGGCUGGGCUCCUGCAGCAUCAAGCAAGAGGUGGAGGAAAAAGAGAACUGCCACCUGGAGCAGACUAAGGUUAAGGUUGAGGAGCCCUCGGGAACAUCAACGUCCUGGCAGGACUCUAUGUCUGAGAGGCCACCCUACUCUUACAUGGCCAUGAUACAGUUUGCCAUCAACAGCACUGAGAGGAAGCGCAUGACCUUGAAGGACAUCUAUACUUGGAUUGAAGACCACUUCCCCUAUUUUAAACACAUUGCCAAGCCAGGCUGGAAGAAUUCCAUUCGCCACAAUCUUUCUCUCCAUGACAUGUUUGUUCGGGAGACAUCUGCCAACGGCAAGGUCUCCUUCUGGACCAUUCAUCCCAGCGCCAAUCGCUACUUAACGUUGGACCAGGUGUUCAAGCCACUGGACCCAGGGUCUCCACAAUCGCCCGAGCACUUGGAAUCACAGCAGAAACGACCCAAUCCUGAGCUCCGCCGGAACGUCACCCUCAAAACGGAACUCCCACUGGGUGCACGACGGAAGAUGAAGCCACUGCUACCACGGGUCAGCUCGUACCUAGUGCCCAUCCAAUUCCCAGUGAACCAGUCCCUGGUGCUGCAGCCCUCAGUGAAAGUGCCACUGCCCCUCGCGGCUUCACUCAUGAGCUCAGAGCUUGCCCGCCAUAGCAAGCGGGUCCGCAUUGCCCCCAAGGUACUGCUGGCUGACGAAGGCAUAGCCCCUCUUCCCACUGCAGAACCGGUGAAGGAGGAAAAGCCCCUGCUUGGAGAAAGGCUGUUGCCUUUGCUUCCAGUUCAGUCUAUCAAAGAGGAAGCAAUCCACCCUGGGGAAGACACACCACACUUAGUGAGACCUAUCAAAGUGGAAAGCCCUCCCUUGGAAGAGUGGCCUUCCCCAUGCCUGUCAGUCAAAGAGGAGUCGUCUGUGUCCUGGGAGGAUUCAUCCUGCUCUCCCACCCCACGGUCAAAGAAGUCCUUUAGUGGGCUUAAGUCCCCAGCCCGCUGUGUCUCAGAAAUGCUUGUGAUUAAACGAAGGGAGCAGAGGGAGAUGAACCGGUCUCGGAGAAAACAGCACCUGCAGCCUCCCUGUCUGGAUGAGCCCGAGCUGGUCUUCUCGGAGGGCCCCAGCACGUCCCGAAGAGCCAUGGAGCCCCCAUUCCUAGCAGAGUCCUCAGAGCCUUUCUCCCAGCUUGGCUGCCCCCAGGAGGAGGGAGGACCUUUUAAGACACCUGUCAAGGAGACACUGCCCAUCUCUUCCACUCCAAGCAAGUCUGUUCUCCCCAGAACCCCUGAGUCAUGGAGGCUCACACCUCCAGCCAAAGUGGGGGGGCUAGAUUUCAGCCCAGUACGAAUCCCCCAGGGUGCCUUUGGGCCCCUGCCUGACUCCCUGGGGCUGAUGGAGCUGAGCACCACGCCACUGAAAAGCAUUCCCCUCUUUGACUCACCCCGAGAGCUCCUUAACUCGGAACCCUUUGAUCUUGCCUCUGACCCCUUCAGUAGCUCUUCUCCCUCAGAUCUGGAGGUCCCCAAGCCAGGCUCCCCAGAGCCACAGAUCCCCAGCCUUUCAGCCAACCGCUCUCUCACAGAAGGCCUGGUUCUGGACACAAUGAAUGACAGCCUCAGCAAGAUCCUGCUGGAUAUCAGCUUCCCUGGCCUGGAGGACGACCCGCUGGGCCCUGACAACAUCAACUGGUCUCAGUUCAUUCCUGACCUUCGGUAGAGACAAGGCCUUACCCUUGCCCUUGAUGCCUCAGCUGUCCAUCAUUCUGGGUGCUCGUGUAGCUGGAAAGUCCAAGGCUCAAUGCACCGUAGACCCCCGAGGGAGGAGUGUAGGCAGGGACCACACUGCUUCUCGUAGCUCCACCAGGCCUGAUUAUGCUGAGGUAGUAGUCACACCUUAGUCGCUGCCAGAACCUUGCAAGCAGCUGGGUCUUUGUAACUGGUCUCAGUGCCACACACUCUCCCAGAGAAUCUGAUUCCUGUACUCUUCCUGCCAGGAGCUGAAGGCUGGGAAUGACCAAAGUAAUGUUGAAAAGAGAUAAGGAAGUCCCCAUUCCGUUUCUAUCUGUGCCCAGCAGUCCCUCACCUUCCCUGCUCUUUGCAGGGUGGCCCCUGUAAAUAGUGUAAAUUCUCCAAAUUCUCCUCUAAUUAUAAAUGUAAGCUUAUUUCCUUAGAUCAUUAUCUAGAGACUGCCAGAGGUGAGUAGGACAAGGGGUUGCACUUUGCUUCUGUUCCUGGCUUUGGUUCCUAGAGAGGGAAGGACCUGCAGUGCACGGUUUCUUCCAGGCCAAAAGUACCUGGCUCAAGAGUUCUUUACUGUAGGCCCUAGUCUGCUUGCCA